GGCAUUAAUGCAGAAUUUAUAAGCCUUGAAAGUGUCAUUAAACAAGGCAAAUUCGAUCGUACUGAUCUUGACCAUGCCUUUUAUGAUUAUCUGGCGGACAUUAUAUCGUCGGAAGUCAAAAAAUGUGGAGAUAGUGUACCCGUAGUGACCGGAAACUUUGGUGUUUUUCCGGGAAGUCUUCUUGAUAGCGUUGGACGCGGAUACACUGAUUUAUGUGCUGCUCUAAUCGCUUCCGGACUUCUUGCUAAAGAGCUUCAAAUUUGGAAGGAAGUUGAUGGAAUUUUCACUGCAGAUCCGCGAAAGGUUAAAAAUGCAAGGCUUUUAUCCACUAUUACUCCGGAAGAAGCCUCUGAGCUUACAUAUUAUGGUUCCGAAGUUAUACAUCCUUUUACUAUGGAACAAGUAAUGCGCAGGAAUAUUCCUAUUCGUAUAAAAAAUGUUAUGAACUCACUUGGUGACGGAACAAUUGUGCUUCCGGAUAAUCUAGCCGAGAAUGGAUGGUCGAAUAAUUACAAGAUUAAUAAUAAUGGAUAUUACUCUGACAUGUCGAAAAAGCAACCUACAGCUGUGACUAUUAAGGAUGGAAUUAUUGUUAUCAAUGUUCAUUCAAAUCGCAAAACAAUUAGUCAUGGAUUUUUUGCGCGGAUUUUUGCUGCAUUAGACACACAUGGAAUCAUAGUUGAUUUGAUUUCUACGAGCGAGGUUCACGUUUCAAUGGCUCUCAGCGCAAAUAUUGCAGAACAUGAAUUGCACGGGGCGAUACAGGAAUUAAAGAAAUUAGGACAGGUUGAUGUCCUCAAAGACAUGGCCAUUUUAAGCUUGGUUGGGAAGCAAAUGAAAAACAUGGUUGGUAUUGCUGGGAAGAUGUUUAGUACACUUGCGGCGGCGAACGUCAAUAUCGAAAUGAUAUCUCAAGGCGCUUCUGAGAUUAAUAUCUCCUGUGUAAUUGAUGAA